ACGGACAGUCGUGAAGUGUUUGCUUAAAAAUGCAUCUGAGGGAAAAUUCACAACAAUCUAAUACUGGUUCUGAAGUUUAAUCCUAAUCUGUAUAGUUUGCACAACAUGUGUUUGUUGUAUUUGUUUCAGAGUCUGCAUUUGCAAGCUAGGUUCAAAAAACAAAAAGGAAUUACGGAGACUGGAACAGCAGAAGGGGCAGGAAAAUCCCAACCGUCUCAUUCAAUGCCAACAACAAAUAAUGAAACAGACAUUGGCGAGGGGCAGGACACCAACACAAAUGAACGGGAUGCCAUUUGGAUUAAUCUGCCAAAUUCCAAAGAUUUCUCUGACGCUUGCUUUGAAAUUAUUGACCUGAACAGAGUAGUUCCCAAUGCCUCCUCACAAACAGAGCUGGAGUACAUCUGUUAUGACACAUUUGAAGAAGCAGAUACAGUUGUAUGGGAUUCAGAUGACAGCCUUGUUAGAAUGGAUCAGGAUGAGGCGGCAGUAACCAUUGGGAGUACUGAGAUGUAUGGAGGGACUGAACAGGCUUCACAACUCCUGUUGCCUUCUGCCAAUGAACUGGCUUCACAAGUUGUACAGUCCCUACAAGAGGAGGGAGCGCAAACUGCACAGGACAGCGGACCACAUUGUUCACCGCAAGACUUGUUCUCAAUUUCAAGUCGUCAGCUAUCCCCUUCAACCUCACCUAACAAUCUAGGAGAUCCAAGGACACCAUGGCAUGCAUCCAUUUGUAGGAUCAAGGUUGUUGAUGAUCUUUUGUCUGUGUUUAUGGACAGCAGCAUAAUGGAAUUCAAUGUAAAGAUUAAGUUUGUAAAUGAAAAAGCUAUUGAUGAUGCUGGUGUGUCAAGGGAGGGCUACAGUGCAUUCUGGGAACAAUUUCUUGAACAGUGUGAAGGGGAAACAGAGCGGGUUCCAAGGCUAAGGCCAGAUUUCUGUGAGGCUGAAUGGCAAGCGGUUGGGCGGAUCUGGGUGAAAGGAUUAUUAGACCAUGGUGUCAUGCCAGUGAGGCUAUCAAAGGCUUUCGUGUUAGCCUGCAUCCAUGGCAUUGACUCAGUUGAUCGAGACAUCCUAAUUUCAUCAUUCCUUAACUACCUUCCUCCCAUUGAGAGGUCAGCAAGCAUGGGACUCCAAGUGGAUGCAGAUGAUGUCGAGGAGCUUGUUGCUGGCCAUGAUGAGGUCCUCAACACAGAUGAUUUGAUUCGCCUUCAAGAGGACAAGCAGAAGGAAGCCAUUCAGGAGUUGUCAUCUGAGGACGAGGAGGAGGAGAUGGCUGCAGCAUCAAGUGAGAGCAUGAAGACCAUGUUGGCUAAGUGGAGUGAUGUGCAGGCUUUUAUCGAACAGUACCAUCCAGAAAAGACUGUGGUGAUGAGAAUCAUCAACUUGAUGAACGGCAAUGUGAUGCCUCAUUUUCGUAAGACCUUACAAGUCAGAAAGAAACAGGUGUCAAUUAAGAGGUUUUUCAUCAGCAAAAAGGAUCAAGAGUCUCCUAAGAAGCAAAGAAGAGAAGCCACACCGGAGGUUGAGUGA